UCCACAUGUGAUCGAGUUUAAAAUUGAUUAAAAACAAUACAAAAACUAAUAUUGUAUAUUAUAUAUGUGCAGUUCUCUAAGAAACAUUAAUCAAGAUGCGCUUUAAUAUUAAACAAGUAAACUGUGGUAGUGAACGCAUUGGCUCUUUAACAGGAUUUAUUAAAUCAUCUAAAACUAUUAUUGAAACUCCAACUGCCGCCUUAUUGACUCAGGGGGGCAGUGUAGUUCAUCUGACAGCUGAAGUGUUAGCUAAAGUAUUCCCUGAUACACAAUUAUUAUGGCUCCCAUUAUCCAACUCAGUUCAAUUAGAAAAUGGAGUAAAAGCCCAAGGAGAAGGUGUUGCAAAGUUUGCUGGAUUACCGAAACAUGUAAUAUGUGCGACUUUAUAUAACAUAAAUGAAAUAGUUCCACCUGGGCAUUUUGAACUAGGCAAAUUGCCACUUUGGACUAAGAAUGGAAAGAAAAUGAUAACUGCAGAUAAAUAUAUGGAUUUAAUGGAGACAUUUAAACCUGAUAUAAUUUUGGCUGCUUCAGAUGGACGUAUCUCUCUAAAUGAAAAACCAAAAAGAAUUGUCAAGUCUGUAGAGAGGACAAUAGCUUUGCUUGAUUCAUGCAUAAAUAAAUAUAAAGCUUCUGAAGAACUUCAACAAAGCUCACUUGUAGGUGUGAUAGUUGCUGCGAACAUACCACAUAAAUGUGAGGAAUGCAUCCGACAUAUCCUGAAAUACAAAGAAACAUUAGUUGGAGUUGCAUUAGCUGGUCUUACUGAUGGAAGCAAGGAGUCAUAUGAAAUUUCUCUUGAUAAGCUGAAAGAAAUUUUCAGUAGAGUUGGUGGCUCACUACCAAAUGAUCUACUUCGUAUUGUUGAAGGUUCUUGGAAUCCUGCAGUCAUAGUAACAGCAAUAGAGUAUGGCUGGGAUGUGUUUGAUGGUUCAUAUCCAAUAAAACUAACAAAUAAGGGACAUGCAUUGUCUUUAAAUUUUGAUGUGUAUCGAUAUAGUGGAGAUCCGUGUAUCAUGGACCUUAAUGACAUUAGGUAUAAUGAAGAUUUCAAACCUAUACUGGAAGGAUGCGAAUGUUUGACAUGUAAAAAACACACACGUGCAUAUAUUAGGCAUCUUUUAAAUACAAGAGAGAUGCUGGCAUCUGUUUUGUUGAGCAUACACAAUCUACAUCAUUUCAAUGAAUUUUUUGUGCAAGCUCGUCUACACAUCAGCGCCUCUACAUUUAAUAUUUACAAGAAACACAUUAUAACACAAUAUGAAAAUAUAAAUCCGAAAUUGGAUAAUGAAGAAAACAAGACAGCUCCAGCUCUUGUGCAGGAUAAAAAGAAAAUUAAAGUGAGAAUUGAUGAUAAUGUCAAGACUGAAGUUAAUGGUACAAUUAUAGAGUAGUUUCUAUUCGUAAGCGGAGUUAGGAACUACACCUAGAUAGUAUUAUGUAAUUAUGAAUAGAUUAAUAUUCUAGAAUAGAUUGAAACAAAUAUUGUCUUAGUUCAGUGUGAUGACAGCAAAAUGUUAAAUUUACGUAAAUGUAUAAUUUUGUUACAAACCACCUUCAAAAACUUCUAAUGUAUAUUUGCCAUUAUGAUUUUUUUGUCAUCUAGCUAAAUAUCUGUAAAAUAAUGAAAUCUAUUUUGGAACGAAGUUCCUUACGGGACGAUUCGGAGGGGUACCCCAACCGGGAAAAAACGUCCAUAACGUAAGAUUUUUUAUUAGUAAUGCACACAGUGUACGACUUAACUUUGUAAUAACGUACA